UUUACAGAUGAAACAAUCAAGGCGGAUGGUCUAUCAAAAAUUAAACACUUGAAAUUGCUUUUUGUUAAGAACUUGAACGUGAACUUUUCGGGAAGUUUGAGUCAUCUUUCGGAUGAACUAGGAUAUCUUGUUUGGUACGAAUAUCCGUUUGAGUGUUUGCCUCAAAGUUUUCAGCCACACAAACUAGUUGAGUUAGUCCUGUAUGGGAGCAGUAUUCAACGACUGUGGGAAGACACAAAGGCGUUACCCAAUUUGAAGCGUUUGGAUCUCUCUCAUUGCAAUAGUUUAGUUGAGAUGCCAGAUGUAGCAGAGGCCCAAAAUCUUGAAUGGAUAAUUCUUUUAGGAUGCGUACAGCUCCAAAAACUCAAUCCAUCGAUUGGGAGUCUGAAAAAGCUUGUUCUUUUGAAUUUGACAUACUGCGAAAAACUAGUAAUCUUAUCCAAUACUAUAUUGGGCCUGAAUUCCCUUAAAUAUCUGUAUGUCAGAGGUUGUUCAAUAAUAGGUAGUAAUUGCUUACUAGAUGAAACAAGGAACACAAAGCACUUGAUCAGCUAUUUGUCGCCCUCCUGUCCUCUCUCUUGUUUGUGUGAACUCAAUCUAAGCUACUGUAACUUACUUCAAAUUCCUGAUUACAUUGGAAAGUUACAUUGUUUACAGAGCUUAAAUUUAGAGGGAAACAAUUUUGUUACAUUACCUAACUUUAAGGACCUUUUGAGACUGUAUUUUUUGAACUUACAGAAUUGCAAGCGAUUGAAAUAUUUGCCUGAUCUCCCUUCACGAACUGUCUUGCCCUCAGAACCUUUCACAUCGAGAUUCCCAUCUUCAAUAUUGAAGUCCCAUCUUACAAGUCUUAAAUUUACAGGAUUAAUGAUUUUCGGCUGCCCAGAAUUAGUUGAGAUUGAACAGCUUACUACAAAGAGUUUUUCCUGGACAAUUCAAAUUAUUGAGGCGACCUACCAAUUGCCAUUCCCUGAAACUUAUAUGCCUGAUAGUAUUAUGCCUGGAAGUCAAAUACCGAGCUUGUUCAACAAUGAGUUUGUGAACGGAGACAUAGAAAACCUCGAAGAAUACCUGGGCGAAGAAUACCUAACCGUUGAUCCACCUCCCGUUCCACAUGACAAUAAUUUCAUUGGUGUUUUGUGUUGCAUAAUAUUUUGUCUAUACAAUAUUGAACAAAUUCCAAUGAAUUUUGGAAGAGAUCACAUGUGGUUACAUUAUGAAGAGCUUAAUAUGGACCGAAGUCGUAUUUAUCCUUGUGUGACGCGGAUUAUCGAAUUGUUGGGUACUUAUUCUAGUACGGUGUAUGUGAAGAAAUUUCAGUAUCGCUGGGUAAAUGAGCAAGACCUAAUUAAUCUCAAAAUGACGCAUUGUGCAAAUUUGACAGCUGGUAAGCGCAAGAUUUCCGUAAUUGAGGAAAACGGAUAGCUACCGUAUUUAAGCUGCAACCCCAUCACAGUGAAGAAUUCAAGACUUUAUUGAAUUUGGAAUGUGGAAUGUGGAAUAUGGAAGUAUGAUUUGCAACCAUCUAAGCAGAGAGACAGGCACAGUAGAAGCAAGAAGGCAGCACUGCAUUUAAAUUCCCCUUGAAUAGGCAUAAUACUUCUCUCUUCUCAACAUAUACUUUUGUUUAUUGUAAAAUCUACUCGUUUCAAAAUUAACAAGCUCAUACCAUCUUCUUAUAGUCUCUCCUU